AUGGAGUCCGUCAGCGAGAUGCCAGCGGGGGACGGCCCUGGGGAGGACAGCAGUGACAUGGACCUGUCCCACCGAUUUUCCAGGCGAGAGCUCAACCUCUUGUACGAGGAGGUUCUCUACACCAUCCUGCACCGCCAGGGCAAGCCCGAACCCACUUAUGUUGCCGAUGCCGAUGAAUUGUACGAGUAUGUGCAAAAGGCCUUCAGCAUGGACCCGGAGGAGCAUCACGUUAUACUGCAGCGGGUCAGAGACUUGGAGAAACCUAUUUUUUGUCUGAAAGUGACUGUGAAGCAAGCCAAAGGCAUUCUGGGUAAAGAUGUCAGUGGGUUCAGCGACCCGUACUGCCUGCUGGGGAUAGAAUCAAAAAGACAAGAGCCUGCCAGCGACAGCAGCUCCCAUCCGGAGAACAAGAAGCCAUUAAAGGCCGUGGUGAAAGACAUGAUCCCCGAAGACCAGACCCACCGCACCCAAGUCAUAAAUCAAACUCUCACUCCUGUGUGGAAUGAGACAUUUAUACUGGAGUUUGAUGAUGAAGCAAACGCCAGCUUCCAUCUGGACAUGUGGGACUUGGACAUGGAGGAAUCCGUGCGGCAUAAGCUGGGAGAGCUGACAGAUCUCCAUGGCCUGAAGAGGAUGUUUAAGGAGGCUCGGAAAGACAAAGGGCAGGAUGACUUCCUUGGGAACUUGGUUCUUCGCUUGCAGGACCUGCAUUGCAGGAAUGACCACUGGUACAACCUGGAGCCCCGGACAGAAACCCACCCCGACCGGGGGCAGUGCCACUUGCAGUCCCUGAUGACUCACAAGAAGAGGGCCACCUCUUUGAGCAAGACCCAGCCGAGUUACACCGUCCAUCGCCACCUGUUGCAGCAGAUGGUGCUCUAUGAGAUCCUGCAGCACCAGGCCGGGAGUACUUCCUGGGAUGGGGAGCUGAGUAAACAUGCCACCACUAUCCUGUACCUACACGCCGCUCAGAAAGACCUGUCUGACUUUCACCAGGUCAUGGCCCAGUGGCUGGCUUACAGCAAGCUCUACCAGAACUUAGAGUUCAACUGCAGCUGCCUGCUCCACCAGAUCACCAGCAUCGAGUACCAGUGGAUCCAGGAAAGGCUGCGACCUGAGCAGAAAGCAGAGCUGGCCGAAUCUUUCCAGUCCUUGCUGGCCUAUGGAAUCUCUCUCCUCCAGAAAUACCGCAGUGUCUUCCCGCUCUCUUCCCCAACGUCCACGCUCAGGCUACAGUCGUUGCUCAGGGUCCUGGUCCAGAUGUGUAAAAUGAAAGCCUUCCAAGAACUUUGUACUCUGACCCCUAACCUUCAGCAGAUGGUGAUGGAGGCUCUCAAGUCAGGAACCACUGAGUGGUUUUAUAUGCAGAAGCAGCACCUGAAGCCAAUGGUGAAGACCAUGGAGGAGAAUGGGAAAGCACUGGUCAGGCUUCUCGUGGAGGUGAAUGGGGAUCUCGAACGAUGCUACAAAACCUGGAACAAAUUCUUCACCAACACUGUGAAGGUGGAUCUCUUCUCCAUUGCCUACCUGGAGCUACAGGAGCUGGUGUCAUGUCACGUCAAAGAAGAGCUGAGUGAGAUUGACAGCAGCAUGUCCCAACUCACAGCAGAGAGCCUUUUCCAGCUCUACAUAAGCCUGCAGGAGCUUUAUCGGAUGAAGAGCUUUCUGUUCAAGAGGGAUGGCCCCCUUGCUCUGACUGACUUCCACCAGUGGUUUAAGGAAGCCAUCCCCAAGUGGCUCCAGAAGACCUACAUGAUAGCGCUGGAGAGGACCCAGAGAGCGAUCCAGGUGGACCAGCUGAUGCCCCUGGGGGAGCUGAAUAAACACAGCACGUCCACUGUUGACCUGUCCACGUGCUAUGCUCAGAUUGUUAAAACCUGGCAGCAGCUGGACUGGCCGGACCCAGAAGAAGCCUUCAUGAUCAUGGUGAAGUUUGUUGAGGACAUGUGUAAAAUUGCUCUGACAUACUGCAAGCUGAUCAAGACCCGGGCGGAGGAGCUGUCAUCGAAGCAGCAGGACGAGGGGGAUGCAGCCAACAGGCUCUGCAUCGUGGUGAACAAUGUGGAGCAGCUGCGGCUGCUGAUCUUGAAGCUGCCGGCGCAGCUGGACUGGGGGCGCCUGGAGCAGCGAAUGGAGGGCAUCGUUGAGCCGGAGCAGAUCCAGCACACGCUGCACAACCAGCUGCAGGGCACCAUCACCUGUCUCGACCACGAAAUCAGAGACGUGGUGCAGAACCUGGCAAAAAAGCUGGAUGUCGGGAUCUCCAGGCACAUCCAGAAGCUGGCGGCCUCCAGUGACUCUAAGGAUCCAGAAGAUUCCAUCAUUCCCCUAAUGAAGUUCCUGGAGUCGGAGCUGCAGUACAUGAACCAGCAUCUGGUCCAGGAGAACUUUAACUGCCUCCUGGAGCUGCUCUGGAACCACAUCCUGAAUGAACUGACAGCUGCAGCCAACCAGCAGCAAAAUUCCUCCAGGUACUACAAGAAGCUGAAGUUCGCCUUGCAGAGCCUGGAGCUCUGCUUUCACGCUGAGGGCUGCGGGCUGCCAACGGACGCCCUGCACAUGCCAGCAUUCAUGGAUUUGGAGGAAGGGCUGAAGCUCCGCUCCACCACGAGCAGAAAACUCAUCCAGAACUACUUCAGCGAGAGAAUCCGAGAGCAGCUGGAGAUCAGCUCCGAGAAGUACGGUGCAGUGACCAUUAAAGCUCUUUACCGCCCCUCGGAACAAAAGCUCCGCAUUGAAGUGCUCAACGCUGUCAACCUCAUCCCGCUGGACUCGAACGGCUCCAGCGACCCCUUUGUCCAGCUGACCCUGGAGCCGCGACACGAGUUCCCCGAGGUGGUGGCGCGCAAUACCCAGUGCUGGAAGAACGAGCUCCACCCGCUGUUCGACGAGGCCUUUGAAUUUCUGGUCCCUCCCGAGAAAUGCCAGCAGGACGGCGCCUGCCUGCUGCUCACGGUAUUCGACUACGACAAGGUGGGAGCCAACGACCUGGAAGGAGAAGCCUUUUUCCCCCUCAGCAAUGUGCCGGGACUGACCGGAGAUGAGGAAGCGGCUGACCCAGCCCGGGUGUCCCAGACCCGGUUACCGCUGAUGCACCCCAAACCCACUGGGGACCCACUCCUGAAGCUGCUGGAGUCCAGAAAAGGGGACAAGGAGGCACAGGCCUUUGUGAAGCUGCGCAAGCAGCGGGCGAAGCAGUCCAAGGAGAGUGUGUGAUGACAGCCGGGCAGGAACCGGGCCAGAGGGGAGCAGGCCUCAGCCACAGUAGCAGGGUCCAAACCACCACGCCAGUUGCAAAGAACUCCAUCCAAUCCCAGCCCCCGUGGCAGCAAAGAGGCUCCCGCCGAGGAGGACCCUGGGGGGUGAAGCUAGGCUGCGGCAGUCUCUGGUCCCAGCUGUUUGUGGAAUUGACCUGGCUUCAGGCUGAGGAUGGGGGGAGCCCUGUGCUGCUUCCCAUCACAACCCAGCAUCAGCAACCUUGGCUAGUCGGCAGCAGCUUGUCAGGUGCCAGCAGGGUGUGUGAUGUGCCCCGGCUGCGUACCCCGCAGGCCAUGCUGUACUCUGCUCUCCAGGUGGUGCAGGAGGGGGAAAUGGGGAGAGGCCAAAAAAAGCUGCAACCAAAGCCAUUGGGGGGGUGUUGAAAUCUAUCCAGCUGGCCCUGCUGGAGCAGCAGCAGCUGUUCGCUCCUGCUCCAGGAGUUGCUGUCUAAGCAGCACGGAGCGUGCAAGACUUCACUAGUGCUGGAGGGAGCAGAGCUGAAAGGGUGGGAAGGGGAGAGCUGCUGUCAAGGGUAAGCGCAGGACUUUGUCCUCGUGCAGCUACUGCAGCAGCCACAGUGGGGAAAUCACUAGCACUCCUGCUGCAGAACAGCGCCCCCUUGAAUUCAUCAAACUCGGCUCUGGGCAGGGGCUGGGCCCUCGGCUUGGGGCCAGGGACUGGGAGGUCUGUGAUCUGCUCAGCUGCUGCAGGCAGGUGCAGAGCGGGCGCCCUUUGCCUUAAAGGGACCGUGCCCACGCCUACUUCUCUCCAAUGUUUUAGUUACUGUUACAAAUAACUAAACUUCUCAUAGUGGAAAUACUAGGGGGGAGGGGAAAGUGUUCAUCUCGUUAGAUAGCUUCCCCUCUCUGCUACAAGGAAAAGUAGGUACCACACUGAUCUUUUAAAUCGCUGGCCCCGGGGCAGCUGCUCCUUUUGCCCCUUUUGCAGCGCUUUAAGCAGGGUCCUUUGCCGCAGCAGCACUUUAACGUCGGCUGCGUAGGGGCCAGUACUGGUGGCCACUUUUUACCGGUACACCAUACCAGCCCGUACCGGCCCACUUUCACCCCUACCUUCAUCCAGUGAUGGCAGGCGACUGGGUCAACGCCAGAGCGACCGAGAGGUGGGUGGAGGAGUCGUAAUGGCCCAGAUUCACGGUGCCUCUGCUCCCCUUUCGUCCCAUGAGGCUCGCACUACCUGGCAGGGUGUGGUGCUACACGUG